UGCCUGAGUUUUGGGUUUAUAGGGUGACAGAGUGUCAAAACCACGUUCUGUCUCCUCUCCACAGGAAAUGGAACCCAUAAGCGCCUCGGUUUGCAACCCUAAACCCACAUGCCUUGUUAUUUACUUUAAUCCUUACUGCCAGCUCCAACACCUAAUAUUUAUUCGCGGAUCCAGUCCCCUCUUAUCCAUCCCCUCGUGCGCCUUACUUCCUUUAUAUACUACCAAUCUCCCCUUUCGCCUUGUCAAACCACACUACUCUUAACACAUUUCCAAUUCACAAUCAAAGAUGGUUGGCGUUUUCAGGCGUUCACUUUCUUUCCCAAACAAACCCACUACCCGUCCUUCUAAACCACCCAUUUCUCACCACAUUAGAUCCAUCUCUCUUCCAUGCCGAUCUCAUCCCUUAAUUUCCCAACUCAGGGAUGAAAUCACUGACCUCAAAUCAUGGUCUUGGAAUCCUGAUAACCGAACCUCCGCUUGGCUUUGUGAUGGUUUGAGCCGCCUAAAGGACGUUCAUGAUUCUCUGCACGACUUUCUUCAGCUUCCGCAAACACAUCAAGUGUUAAGCCAUAAGCGUGAAUGGGUUGAGAAACUCCUCGAAGAUUUCUUGCGCUUCGUUGAUGCAUAUGGGAUCUUCCAAUCAUCGUUCCUCGCACUCAAAGAAGAGCAACUCGCGGCCCGGAUGGCUCUAAGGAGAAAAGACGAUUCAAAGAUGGCCGUGUAUUUGAAAAGUCGGAAAAAGAUGGCUAAAGAGAUAGCUAAACUCGUAUCCUCGAUCCCAUGCACCGGUCCAUACAUAAUUCCUGGAUCAGCUGUGGUGUCUAUUGCAGACACUGAACUGACUGGCAUUAUCAGCGACGUCAUCGAGGUGACAGUUUCAGUCUCGGUGGCCCUUUUCAAUGGAAUAUCCAUGUCAUUUACGUCAAGAAAAUCGUCAUGGAUGGGGGUGACAUCGUCGAAGGAAUCAAAGAAAGUCAAGAUGGAGGAAGGUAUAAAAGAAUUCCAAGAAAUAGGAGAAGCCAACAUGUGGGGUUUGAGGAAGAAAGGAGAGGAGGAAGUGAGGAUGGUUUUGAAGAGAAUGCAAGACUUGGAAGGGUGCAUAGCUGAUGUUGAAAGUGGGAGUGAAAAAGCAUUCAGGAGUUUGAUAAACACUAGGGUUUCGCUGCUCAAUGCUCUCACCAACUAGGAAGGGAUCAGAAAGGAAAAACAAGUCUCACAGACAUAAUACAAAAUAGAGAUGUAAUUUAAUUUUAGUUUGUGUAAACAUCUUCUCAUCUUAUGUCUUUUUUCUCCGGCAGAAAGGAAUUAAAAUUGUGAAAAUUUAGUGUUCAAAA